AUGGUCUCUGUCAUGCUGGAUGACGCAAGUGCUGCAAAAAUAAAAACUAUACCUCUGUCAAAUGACACCGUUGCUAGACGUAUAAAUGACAUUGCUGACGAUCUUAACGAACAGCUGGUAGAUAAACUCAAGGAUAAACGUUUUGCCUUACAAUUUGAUGAAGCAACUGACAGCAACAAAGACUGUUUGUUUAUCGCCUAUGUACGUUUUGAAAUGGCAAAUUCCCUGUGUGAGGAUCUACUUUUUUGUAAAUAUGUCAGAGACAGAGCCACGGCUGAAGAGCUAUUCAAAAUGCUAGACUGCUUCCUGACUGAGAAUGGGCUAAAGUGGGAGAAUUGCAUGGGUGUUUGCAGUGAUGGUGCACAGACCAUGGCAGGGAUGAGAAAAGGACUUCGGACACUCAUCAAGAAGGCCUCACCUAAUGCUGAGUGGACACACUGUAUUUUACAUAGAGAAGCACUGGCAUCAAGGCACCUUUCCUCUGAAUUAAAUGAGGUUAUGACUGACAUUAUAGGAGUAGUCAAUUUCAUAAAGACCAGACCACUAAAAACAAGAGUUUUCUCUGCUAUCUGUGAGGAGAUGGGAGCUGAACAUCAAGCUGUGCUGUUUCACAGUGAAGCAAGGUGGCUGUCACGAGGAAAAGUGUUGUCCCGAGUUUUUGAGCUCAGAGAGGAGCUAAGAAUGUUUUUGGAGCAGGAGCACAAGUAUGACGUUGCAAGAAAGUUUAGUGAUGUGAACUUUCUGAUGAAACUUGCUUACCUGAGUGACAUAUUUGGAAAGCUCAAUGAACUAAAUCUACAGCUUCAGGGGAAAAAUCAACACCUCCCUCAGGCCACAGACAAGAUCAACUCUUUCACUCGAAAGCUUGCAAUGUGGGGCAGGCGACUUGAUGAAGGAAGUACCGUGUCAUUUGAGAACUUGCAUGAAUUUGUUGACACUACUGACUAUGAUGCCACCUCAGUGAUUCCAUAUUUUAAGCAGCAUAUUUCAUCACUGAUAGGAUUCUUUACAAAGUACUUCCCUGAAAACAGUUCCCAGUAUGACUGGGUGAGAGAUCCUUUUAAUGCACCAGCUCCUACUGGUUUCAGUCUUGCAGAGGAGAAGCAGUUCAUAGAAAUCACAUCUGACUCCAUAUUGAGACUAAGUUUCACAUCCCAGACACUGAGUGAAUUCUGGCUGAGUGUGGAGAAGCAAUAUCCACUCUUAGGACAAAGAGCUGUGCACAUUCUUCUUCCAUUUGCAACUUCUUACUUGUGUGAGAUUGGCUUCUCUGCUGUUGCUGCUCUGAAUAGCAAAUACAGGUCUCGGCUACACAUUGAGAAGGAGCUGAGAGUUGCUGUGUCCUGCUUCAAACCCUGCUUCGAAAAGCUAUGUAUGGCAAAAUGUGCUCAUUGUAGCCAUUAA